CAGCUAGCUCAGUUGUGUCAGUCAGGUGAUUGUCCAAACAAGGACACGGGCGUCAGUUUACAUCCACAAAAUACUCAUGUACAGCUGAGAAAAUGAAGAAAAACAAGGGAAAGGUGAACACCACUGAGAAGGAGUUUGUGUUUCGGUUCAGGGCAGGGAGGAAUGUCUGUGUCCUCAAAGUACCUCUGCAAUUCCCUGUCCAAGAAAAUGUCAAUGACCUUCAUGGACGACUUAUGCUGCUGCACAAAAUACCUUGCUUCGUUGAGAAUGAACUGAAGAGCACACUGUCCACCUUUAUUGAGAGUGAAACCAUCCAGGACUAUGACAGAGAAGCAGAGUUGGCCCUACAGAGACUGACAACAGGAGAGGUGGACGUCAACCAGCUUACAAACAAAUGGGCAAAGGCCUACUCGGAGACCACGCUGGAACAUGCUCAUCCUGAGGAGCCCUGCUGGGAUGAGGACUUUGCAGAUGUUUACCACGAGCUCAUCCAUUCCCCGGCCUCUGACACCCUGCUCAACCUGGAACACAGCUACUUUGUCAGCGUCUCGGAGCUCAUCAGUGAGAGAGACAUGGAGCUGAAGAAGUUACAAGAGAGACAGGCAGCAGAGAUGGACAAAGUCAUGCAGGAGCUGGGAAAGACCAUGACUGACCAGGAUGUAAAUGCAUUUGCCUCUCAACACUUCGAUGCCCAGCAGGUGCUGGAGAACAAGUGGGCCAAUGAACUGAAACAGGUGACUCAUAUUCAGAAGCAGGAGUAUCAGGAGUGGGUGAUUAAACUACACCAGGACAUGCAGAACCCCAAUAACAGCACUAUUAAUGAGGAGAUCAAGGUGCAGCCCAGUCAGCUGACAGUGGAGUCUGAGCCUGGGGCCAGGCUGUACGAGGAGCAGCGACAGCUGGAGGAGAGCUUCACCAUCCACUUAGGUGCACAGCUGAAGACCAUGCACAACCUGCGGCUGGUGCGGGCGGACGUGCUGGACUUCUGUAAGCACCGUCGGCAUGGCAGCAGUGGGACCAAGCUGCGGCGGCUGCAGACUGCUCUGUCGCUCUACUCCUCGUCCCUGUGUGGCCUGGUGCUGCUGGUGGACAACCGGGUCAACUCCUAUAGCGGCAUCAAGAGAGACUUUGCCACAGUAUCUAAGGAGUGUACAGACUUCCACUUCCCUCGGCUGGAGGAGCAGCUGGAGGUGGUCCAGCAGGUGGCGCUUUACGCCCGGGCUCAGAGGAGCAGCAAGCACAAAGUCCAGCCGGAGGUUCCUAGGAAUGGAACUAAUAGUGAAGAUAAAAACAAAAAUUUGGAAAGGAAUCCCUCCAAUAUCUUACCAGGUGAAUUCUACAUCUCCCGCCACUCCAACCUGUCUGAGGUCCACAUAGUGUUCCACCUGUGUGUGGAUGACAACGUGCGCUCAGGCAACAUCACGGCCCGGGACCCUGCCAUCAUGGGCCUUCGCAACAUCCUCAAGGUCUGCUGCACUCACGACGUCACCACCAUCACCAUCCCUCUGCUACUGGUCCACGACAUGUCAGAGGAGAUGACCAUCCCAUGGUGCCUGAAGCGGGCUGAGCUGGUCUUUAAAUGUGUCAAAGGUUUCAUGAUGGAGAUGGCAUCGUGGGAUGGAGGGAUCUCACGGACUGUCCAGUUUCUAGUUCCACAGAGUAUAUCGGAGGAGAUGUUCUACCAGUUGAGCAACAUGCUGCCUCAGAUCUUCCGCGUCUCCUCCACCCUCACGCUCACCUCCAAACGCUGACGGAGACACCAAUCACAUUGGCUUGGCAACUGUCAACACUGAGUUCCAGCAAACAUAUUUAAAUAGUUGCAUUUCACAGGGGUUAGUGUGAUGGAUGACUUCAGAGCUUCCUGUCACAAGUGAUUAUCAACCCCUGCGUAAUUAGCAUCUUGAGGCAAGGCGACAUCAUCUCGGGGCGAGGCGACAUCAUCUUGCCAAAAAGAUAGAUUGUGUUGUUGUCCGACACGAGCAUUAUGCAGUUUUUGUGCAUUGCAGUGAAUUAUAGUGAAGGCUCUGUCAUUAUUUCUCUCCACUCCAAUAACAGCAGAGGGCACUGUUCUCAGAGACAAAGCCCCCAACUCUCUGAUAGAUGUUUAAUCUACUUUGUGCCUAAACAUGGACUUUAUUAUCUUUUAUUAUGAAACUGACAGUUGGCAUUAAAGUUGCACCCUAUUGAGCAUACACAAGUUCAGCACUUAAACUUUUCAAUGUGGCAUUCCAAUGAACUCAUUCCAAUUUACUCUGUGUUUGCACCUAUAUCGGCAGUAAAGGAGUAUUGAAACUGUUUCAAGGAGAAUGACAGGCUGUGUAUAUAGUCACAAACUUACAUUACUGAUCUAAUGUGAAUCUCAUCUCUGUGAAAUGUUUCUGAUUUGACAUAAUUUUUUUUUAAAUUACUGGGGCCUGAAGCACUGGAGUAUAGCCUACACCAUAUUGCAGUUUCUGCACAAUUUUAUUUACUGUUUAGGAAUAAUCCACGAUUGGCUAAUCUCCCUGAAGCUAAUAUGACAUAGUAAUUGCAUUCCAUUUCUGCUUGGAUUAAGCCAUUUUAGAUAGAUUAAAUAAUUAUUAUUGUCAGGCACUCGGGCUCCCAAGUGGCGCAGUGGUCUAAGCUACUGAAUCUCAGUGCUAGAGGCGUCACUGUAGUACCUGGCUCGAAUCCAGGCUGCCUCACAUCCGGCCGUGAUUGGGAGUCCCAUAGGGCGGCGCGCAAUUGGCCCAGCAUCGUCCGGGUUUGGCCGGGGUAGGCUGUCAUUGUAAAUAAGAAUUUGUUCUUAACUGACUUGCCUAGAUAAAUUAAAAAAAUAAAACAUUUUCCUGCCCUGAUUAUCAGUGUCAGUAUUUAGGUGAUUAAACAGAUCAAGUGCACUAUUCAAAACAGUGUCUUUUUCAAGUGAAAAACAGAUGGCUGUUGGCAUUCUCCUCCGAGCUCUCAAGUCGGUGUUGUGUUAACUUGCCGCACUUUUUAUACCGUACUGCAGUGGUGAGAACCCACAAAACGCUACGGAAAUGUGUCACUGAAUGCCUUGCAUUCUUGCCAUUGGUCUCGGUGGCCUUAAGUGUUGGGUUCCCUGGGGCAGAGGAACCAUGGUGCCGACUCAGCAGCAUCAUGCACCGGCCGGGCCUAGUGUUUGUCCUCCUCCCUGGUGUUGUGUGCAGCCAGGCAGCCUGGACUUCAGAGCCUCACACAUAGGCCCUCUGACGAGGACAGCAAAUCCCUGGAACAAUUGACCUCCUAGGGGGCUGAUUGGUUCCUGGGUUCAGGUACACAACUAGCCCUAUGUGGCACGUUCAUGUCAGACUAAUCUUGGUUUGACACGCUUUACUGACUUUAUUGUCCCCAUGGGGAAAUGUUGUUGCAGCAUCAUGUACGUGUUUAAAUACAGUAGACAACAAAUAGACAAUAAAAAAUUAACAAGUUACAUACAGUAUAUACCAAUGAAAGAGACUAGCCUGCUGACCUUACUGGGUGGAUAGGAACAUUAGCCUGAGCUGUUUAGGAGGGAUAUCACACUUGGCACAAAUUAUUGUCUAGUUCUGUUUUUCCUGUGGGGGGUGCUCUGUUUACAGUACAGGGCCCUGGAUUUAAUCAAACCUGUAAAUAAUUGUUUCCACGGUAAGUCAAAGACAUGAAUGCUCUUGCACAGCAAGAAAUAAAUUAAUUUGAGAUGA